AUGACAGACUACCCCCGAAUCCUCGUCCUCGACAUCGGCCUCUCAGCCGAACCACCCCUCCUCCAAGCAGGCCAAGUCCUCGAACUCAAUCCCAACGAUAACACCAAACAACUACGAGUGCUAGUCUCCAGCCAAUCCCUCCCAGAUGGCAUCGCCGUCGACUCCGCAAGCCAACGCAUGUUCUGGACCUGCAUGGGAUUUCCCGGUAAAUGGGAUGGAGCAGUCUACUCGUCCGCUUUGGACGGUAGUGAUGUCCAGACUCUGGUGGCACCAGGGAAAGUAAACACACCCAAGCAGUUGGCCUUGGACGAGGCCGCGAAGAAGGUUUACUUCUGUGAUCGUGAGGGGCUUGGUGUUUAUCGGUGUAAUUUUGACGGUUCGGAUCUUGAGGCGUUGAUACUGAAUGGUGAACCUACGACGCCACCGGAUGUGGCAGAAUGGUGCGUUGGAAUCACUGUUGCGCCCUCGCUUGGCAAGUUCUUCUGGACACAGAAGGGAUACUCGAAGUCCGGACAGGGUCGGAUCUUCUCUGCCGACAUCGAUACACCUGCUGGCCAAUCGGCGACUUCGCGGGAUGAUAUCCAAGUUGUUCUGCCUGGCUUACCGGAGCCUAUCGAUCUCGAAUUCGACGAGUCUUCUAACACUUUAUACUGGACUGAUCGUGGAGAAGUGCCAUUUGGAAACUCUCUGAACCGGGCCCGGUUGGAUGAGUCGGGCAUGCCAAAGACGAUCGUAACGUCUUCUGCUUCGUUUACUGCGGAGGUGCAGGAGAGGAAGUAUGAAAUUCUUACCAGGAAUUUGAAUGAGGCUAUUGGAUUGAAGUUGGAUGUUGAGCGGGGGCAUGUUUAUUUGACGGAUCUGGGGGGUAGUGUUUAUCGGUGUGAUUUGGAGGGGAAGGGUAAGGAGAGGCUGUAUCUUGAGGACUCGAGGGCGUUUACUGGGAUUGCCCUUUUGUGA